AUGAAUGACUUUGAUUUCUUUGACUCACCACCGCCUGGUCUAGUCACACCAGUUCUUCCAGCGAUAACAUUGCCUCGAGUAAAACCAUCACUGCCACCAGAUUUAUUGCUUCGCAUAAUAAAAUAUCUUCCAAUAACUUCACUUCCCAAUUUCGCGCGUGCUUGUCGGCGUUUCAAAGUGUUGGUUUCAGAUGAUGAAUUAUGGGAAUAUCAUUUAAGAAAAUUAGGAUUUUCGAUAAAUGCUAAGAUAGACAAUCCUAAUGAAACACCUAUAAAAACAAGUAAAAACAAUAAAUUUUUAGAUUCAACCGCGUCAAAUCCAAAAAAUAUGGAAACAAACAAAGUGCCGCCUGGUAAUAAUUCUACAGGACAUUUACUUGAAUUUGGGCUGCUCGCGGGAAAAUCGUUGAGUUUAAUACCGGGAUUUCAUGAUUUAUUCGCUCAAAAAUCAAGAUCAUCAUCGACCGGUAUAGCUAGAUCAAUAUUCAAAGAAAUUUAUACAGAAUUGUUACCAUAUUAUUUGGAUUUCCGGCAUAGGCGAAAAGAUAGUAGAUUUUACAAGGAUUUUACUGAUCCUUUAGAUCAAGCUAAAAUGUUGAGAAGAUUAACGAUUUUUGGCAAAUGUAACAUAACAUCCGACUCAGAUAAGAUUAAUAGUAUAUUAGAGACAACGGUAGAGUAUUGUGAAAACAUGGCGCUCCAUAAUUUUGAAAUAGGUUACGAUGCUAGCAAUUAUUCGGAAAUGAAGAAAUGGGCGACUCUUCUGUUAGAAUUGAACGAAGGUGUAUCAUGUGUUCAAGUAUUUAUACAGAAAAACUCUAUAUUUUUCGAUCAUUUAUAUGAUCCAUUGGAUAAUUUUCUACAUGUGUCUGCGUCUGGUGAAUUGAGUUAUGCUUCAAUGGCUGAAUUCUUUAAAUCUGUCGAGGAUGAAUUCAUAAAGCAAGCUGCAAUAAUUAAUCAGGUUUUCCCGCAAUCUGCAAAUGUGUUCUAUACAUUUGUCGAGCGCGUAAUUGAAGAUGUUAUUACAGAAUACAUAUAUAUUCUUUUAGAAGAGGCUCAUAAUCGGGACAGGAUGGUUUACUUUAAGACCACCGUAGCGGCCCAUCAAUUUUGUCAGCACGUUGCUUUUGUUCUUUGGAAAGAAACGAAACCCGGGUUUGAAAAAAUUAAAGCCGAAGAUUUAAUGUAUAAAAUGUUUGAACCAAUGAUGGAACGAUAUUUGAACGAAGAGUUGGAUGAAAUUCGAACAAUAUGUGAAGAAGAAAUUGAUAAAUGGAAUAAAAAGUUGGUGAGCGAGAAAGCAGAAGCCCAACAGGCACUGUUUAACAACGCCAAUCGUGAAAUUUAUAAACGAAAUUAUCUCUCAUCUUUUCGUAAAAUAUUAAAACUUCCGACAUCUCGCUCGCGAAAUUCUAAUUCCACGCCACCCUCUCGUGCAUCAUCACCGUACGAUAAAAGAAGUAGCACGGCAAGUAUCCAGAGCACUUUAAAUUCACCGCAAAGCCCAGUGAGUGCCUCCGAACUACAAGAGGCACUAUUGUGGAAUGCUCGUCUUGAGAAGUUGCAAAAGAUUUUGAGCGUGGAAACAGCUUUACAAAUGGUUCAUGCUAAUAAAGAUGCUUUACGAAGGGUGGGUACCUUUGUAGGGUAUCCUGGCCAUAUGGGGGUAAAAAUACAAGAAACGCUCGAAUCGAUUUUUAUAACUUUGUUGCAAACGUUAGGUCCGAUGCAUUUAAAACCAGGGUUUGAUACUGCAGUUCUACACCUGGGUGAAUAUAAGCCCGAUGCAGAGUCUACGUCGCAAGGUUUAGCUCCCUUGGUAGAAUUUUUUGAAUUGGUUCAUAUCGCGGAUUUAAUACAACAGAUGCUGCAAGUGUAUUAUGACGAGGAAAUGUGCCGGUUUAUAGAUAAAUUAGAUUUUUUGAAUGAAUGUAACGAAGAAAAAAAGAAAUUUGAAAAAGUUUUAGAUGAAAGUGUAGCAGCUGGUCUGAACAAGGGCAUUCAGGUAUUAAUGGACCAAGUUGAAUUUAUUUUGGCUACUGAACAAAAUCCUGAAGAAUUCAUGCCAAAGGAUGACACGAGUUUAGAUUUGAAACCUACAAAGGCUUGUAUCGAUGCUGUCGAUUGUCUAUCGAGUCACGCUAAAUUGGUAGUUGGUUGUUCGGAUAAAAACACGUUAGAUGUCUUUCUCCAAGAGAUUGGCUUGCGAGUUUUUGGCAUUAUAACAAAACAUUUAAAAAAAUUCGUUGUAAACAUGCGUGGUGGAUUUCAAGUUAUAAGUGACCUAAAUCAUUACUGCGCCUUUCUGACUUCACUCAAACAGAGCGAAAUCACGCCCUACAUUGUUGCGUUAAAAGAGUUAGGGAAUAUUUACAUAAUUUCCAAUGCUAAAGACAUUGGGCUUUUCGUUCGCGAGGCAGAUCGAUUUAAUGGUGUUUUACGCGCGGAGGAUGUUUAUGAGUUUUGUCUUAAAAGAGAGGAUUGGUUGUCUAUCAAAAAAGAAGUCGAGAAACAAUUGUUUGGUUUGCGAGCUGAGGAUUGUUUAAUUAUGUAA